AUUCGGCGUAACUAUCAUCAUUUAUAGUUCUGGAUACACCGGGCGAUUCAUUCACUUCCCGUCUCAUUAUUCUGUGCAACUAAAGCUGCACUGAUGCAUGAGUGUAUAUGGACUAACAAUUCGGUUCAAACUUGCCAUGGCUCUAUAUGCCUUUACACAACAGAAAAUAUAAACAGCUUUCGGCCCCUUCAUGCACUGACAGGAUGCAAAGAAAAGAAAAGUUAGAAAAGUUACCUCCGGGUAAAAUGGAAAGAAAAGAUGUUAUUGCAAGUAAUCCGAAGAAAUCUGAAACAAAAGUUCCCAAAAGAUCUAAUCGCAUCACAGGUUCUGUAGCGCGCUUGCUCAACGACAUGCCAACGGAUACUGAUUACAUACUUUCAAGCGGAUCACAUCUUAGAAGUGUCUGUCCUAAAUGCAACUCACCUCGUACCUUUGAGGCAGAGCGAUGCCAUUCGUGCAAGAGUAAACUUGUGACUUGGUAUAGAAACGUCUACACGACUAAGUGGACAAAUCCAAGGAAGCCGCCUCGGAAAAAAUCACGCUGUUAUGUAGAAUGCAAGUAUUUCAAACAAGGGAAAAGGUGCUUCAAAACGCCAUGUUCAUUCCCACAUGGACAAGAUGAACUGGAAGUUUGGGAACUUUAUCGUUUAUGUGGUAAGCACAAGAGAAGAAUAAAAAUAUCAAGCACAGCUUCAGCGAAGCUUGAAAAACCAAGCAGUCGAGAUACGAACACCGUGUCGUCCUUUAUGGAACAAGAAGAGCAACGAUGCAGGUUUGAGGAUGGUUACUGUUACUCUCAAAAGAACCGUACCGUCGCACAUGGCCAAUCUUUUUAUCAGUAUUCGUCAGGGGGUUCUGAUGAUUUCGAACAGAAGUUACCAUUGAAUUUUGACAUUGAUACUGUUCUCGCUCAUCUACUUUCUGUGUCGUUUGUGAACAAGGAUACUUCUGAAGAAAAGACUUCUUCACGUACACGAUAUUGUCACAUCGCUGAAUGGUCUGUGGACAAAAUAGAAUUGGUUCCGUGUAAAGAACUGAUGGGAAUGGAUCUGGAUGGUUUGUGUGAACGGUACAGCAUUCCAGAUGACUUGCCUGAUCCUGCAGAGUGUUCAGAAUUCUCACGUGGAACAUACUGCAAUACUUGGCACAAAAUCUUGUUUAUUGAAGAAAAACACAUUCAGACACAGAUUGGCAGAUAUGACCUACAAGAUCGCAUGAUGAAUGUAGUAAAUACCUCCGCUGGCGAUGAAUCGACAGCUAAUGCAGCAAGUACUGGUGAUUUGUUUGGAGAAAUCCAUUCAUGGGAUUAUCCUGUGAUGGACGAAGUUGCUAGUCAUAUUAUAAACCUCUCAGUAACGUCAGUGAUCUUGCGACCAAAAAUGAGAAAGUCUUUUAGAACUGAUAGAGUAUACGAGUGUAUCAUUAAAUCAAAGACUUCGAAAUUGGUUGUUAUAAAAUUGAAUAAGGAGUUAUGCAAAGACUUUGGUCUUGCUAAAGAUCAAAUCGUGCAAAUUGAUCUCAAGCUCAGAUACAACCGCCUGGCAUUGUGUGAAAUGCAUGAAGCAAUUGAUAUGUGUAAACGGAAGACUAGUAUUCUGCUUCCAAAUAUAAGGGAUGUCUGUUAUAAAUACGAGAAUUUAAUCUGUGAUUUUUAUCCGGACCGAAAACCACACACAAAGCAACAGAAAAUGAUCGGGACGCUUUUCGACCCCAGUCCUUCCCCGCCAAUUCUCACGAUUGGACCAUCAGGCAGUGAGAUCAUGAUGCGUGCUUUUGGGAUGAUUUCUAGAAUAGCAAGAAGCAAUAAAGUUCUUAUCUGCACUCAUUCAAACAGCGCGGCUGAUACUUGGAUGGCAAAGAUACUUACGAAGCGGGAAUUAAAUAUUCGGCCAUUAAGAGUGUAUAAAGGAUUCCAAGAUGCUCUUAAAAUUCCUGAAAACCUACGCAGAUAUUGUAAUAUUGAAGAAAAGACGAAUGUUGCACGGGAGCUAACACUCUGUGACAUUCGUGACAAUAACGUGUUCAUUACAACUUUGGCCACCGCUCGUGUGUUGUGGAAAUUUUAUCAGGAUGGAAAAUUGCGCUUCAAGCAUAUCUUAAUUGACGAAGCCGCGCAGGCCCUGGAACCCGAGUGCUUAACCCCGCUUGUGAUGGCUGAUGAAAACACAAAAGUUGUUUUAAACGGGGACCAAAAACAGAUGGGUUCACUAACAUAUUCAAAAUGGAUGUGGGCUGGAGGAUUAGGUCCAAAAAGAUCCCUUCUGGAAAGAUUACUUGCUUAUUACAAACUAUGCAACCGAUCUGUAAACGACCGAAGGCCUUUUUCAGACCAGGACACCACAUUCGUUGGAAUACCUGAUAAAAACUCACAUUCGACGACGACGAGACCUAGGUUUUCUUCUUGUAGUCGUCUUUGUGAGAUUUGUUUUACUAAAGGGUAUCAAAGUUCUCGCCAUUCGGUAUCAGUGCUCCCCUUUCACACCGCCCAGGGUGAAGUCUAUGACGACGAUAAUUGUUUUGGUUCCGAGUCUGUCGUUCCAUGUAAAUUUACAUUGGACGAGCGUGUUCAAGAUGAAGACACCAAAAUUGUGACAAAUAAAUGUUUUGAAGACGACAAAAAGGCAAGAGUGGGCGUUAAACAGACCGACGGAGAAAAUAGUUUCUCAGGUAAAACAGUCAUUGAAUCAGAACGUGAUUUUAAUGAACACGUCAGAAUGGUAAAUAAAGAUGUUGAAAAAAAAGGGGGUGAAACAAUCCUUGAUUCUGAAUCAAACAUUGAAAGUGGCAGAAAGGAAAAAAAGAAUGUUAAGAAGAAUGGGAGAAAAGAUUUUCUGGAAAGAACCAUCCUUGAUUCAGAAUAUAAAAUAAAGGAAGAAGUGCAUGAAAUAUUUAAAAGAUUUUCGUGGUUACGUGGAGCAUACGGUAUUACUGGUCCUAACAAAACAAUUCCACGCACUCAUAUUUAUUUAACUGUCAAAAGAGGAAAAAAGAAAUCCGAAGUAUUAAAGGAAAUUAAAAAGCAGUUUAAAUGUGAUCCCAGAAAAUAUUUUGAACUUUUUCGGGAACCUGAAAAGAAACCAACGUUCAAGUAUUUAUCAAAUCCAACAUCGGGAGGUAGCAUCCUGGCUGUAAAUAGAUCCAGCGAACCAAAUCCAUUAGGAACAGCGAAUAAUGUUGAAGACGAAGAAUCAGAUACAGGUAAAGCAUCAGGAACAUUAACCAUGUUCUGUUCUCAGAAUGAUAAACACUAUGCUCUCACUUGUUUCCAUGUUGGCUGUGCAACCGAUGAGUUUUUGUUUGCACAAGCAUUUAAUGAUACGGAACAGUUUCUGGAUAUUCAAGGAUGCAUGGAGGGUUAUGAAAACUUUGCUAGAGGACAAGAAUAUCAUUAUCGCGAAAGGGGUACGGACAAUGCAGAUGAAAAUGAAAACAUUGUUGCCGGCCUCCCCGCUAACUAUACUCCUCUAGGCCAGUUUUGCAAGUGUUGCUUUCAUAGUGAAUCUGAUAUCAUGUCUAUACAAGUUCAUAAAGAUGUUCAAGUUGACUGUGGUGUUGAGGAUAUAGGAAAUCCUGAUUGGGAUAGAAUAUCAAAAGAACUGCAUCAAAGAGUUAAUUGCAAACGAGGAAAUCGGGUGAUGGUGCAGAAAGUCGGUUUUUCGCCAAAUGACAAUCAUAAAGGUUACAUCGUCGAUUGCAGUUAUACCUAUAAGUACGCGGAUGAAAUUUUGUUCAAAAAUGCAAUCGUUAUUAAAGGAAUGAUCGGGACGUUUUUGAAAGAUGGUGACUCUGGAGCACUUAUAAGCUUUCUUGAUAACGAUCAAGUGAAACAAGCGUUUGCUUACGGUGUCUGUGAAGUUGAUACUCCUCAUCCAAAGGAACCGUUGACUUCUGACGAGGAUCGCACUGAAGACCCGAGUGAGGAUCGCACUGAAGACCCGAGUGAGGAUCGCACUGAGGACCCGAGUGAGGAUCGCACUGAAGACCCGAGUGAGGAUCGCACUGAAGACCCGAGUGAGGAUCGCACUGAAGACCCGAGUGAGGAUCGCACUGAAGACCCGAGUGAGGAUCGCACUGAAGACCCGAGUGAGGAUCGCACUGAAGACCCGAGUGAGGAUCGCAGUGAAGACCCGAGUGAGGAUCGCAGUGAACCUGGCAGUAGUGAUCAGUAUUCCUCUUCUAGUGAUGACGUAGACGAUUCCGAAGAGGAAUUCGUAAUUUUCCGCGAUGAAAGUCCAAAGGCCGAGAUAAGUCUACCAUCUUUCAUUGCUUUUAACUUGAAGAAAGGUUUACAGAAUCUCGAUCUUUUUGAUAACGGAUGUUUCAGUGAAUGUGGCAAUACUCGUUAAUGUAUGCUUAUUCGUAAUUAAUAUAUACUUAAUUGUAAUUUUAAUACUUUUAAUCAUAGUAUAUGCAUGUCAACCAGGACACGACUGCUUGUGCUAAAAUAAAUGCGAAAAAUAGGGAAAUGAAUGUACAUUUAAGCAGAAAGUGUAGAAACACAACAAAUUUUACAUGUAUUAAUUUGUCUUGAAGACUAUGGAAAUGAUGUACAUUACUACAGUAAUAACACU